AUGAGAGAAUUAACCAGAACACGUCGAAUAUUUCAAAUAAAGUUUGAAGAAAUUGGUGAUGGAAAUUUGAACGUGGAUAUUCUUGCAGGAAAUUUGCAUCAUGAAAAACAAGUAUCUCCAAAUCGUGAAAUUGAGAUUGCAGAACCUUUGAUAGUUCAAGAGAAUCUUUUUGAUUAUAGUGAGAGUAGCUCUGAAGAGGAUAAUGCUAGUGAUGUUAGCAACAUAGAUCUUACUGCAACAGUGACAUGGCAAGAGCAACCAGUAACUAUUGAUCAACAUGCAACUCAUUUAGCAUAUAAUUUGGCAUGUAAAAUUAAUAUUUUAUCAAUUAGUUUGGCUUCACCAUAUACUAUAUUUCGCCGAUAUCUUCCUAUAAAGUAUAUUGAAGAAAAUAUUAUUCAAUCUAUUAAUUUAUGUGGAAAACUCAAAUUGGAGGGUACACAACCUUUAUUACCAUUUAAUUUUCAACGUUGGAUGAGUAUUUUACGUUUUGAACAAAUAGUGUCAAAUCAUACAUUAAUGAUGCCAAACGAAUUAGAAAUAUCUGAUGAUAAUGAUCUAUUAUUUUCAGUACGUAGUUUUAUUAAUGCUUUUAAUGCAAAUUUAAUUGAGGCUGUAAUUCCUGGAAGUGUAUUAUGUAUCGAUGAGUCAAUGAACUCAUGGUUAGGUAUCAAAAAUAAAAUUCCAGGUUGUCGUAAAAUACCACGAAAACCACAUCCUGUAGGACAAGAAUGGAAGAUUCUUGCUGAUGGUUUGACAAAUAUUGUUAUUCAUUUAGAACCUUGUGAAGAUAAAGAAAUCGAAAAACAUAAAUGUUUUGCUUCAGAUUAUGGUAGUACUACUGGACGUGGAUGGCCAGUUGAUUAUCCUCGUGAUAUGGUUCAAAAACUUGAUACAUCAACAACAGCAAAAGCUGAUGAAGUUGAACAUGUAAUUAAAAAUAACACUAGCUCAACAAUUGUUACAUUCACAAGACCAAAAGUUUUUUAUGAAUAUUCACAAGCAAAAGGGGCCGUAGAUAUUAAUAAUCAGGUAUUUGCAGAAGCUAAUGCUUUUCUUACAUAUAAAAAAUGGAAUAAAGAAGGACAUAAUAUUUCACAUUUUGAUUUUCGAAGACAAUUAACACAUGAAAUGCUUAAUAGAAACUAUAAUAUAACUUCGGGCCCACAAGUAAAAACACGAUCUAAGACAUCAGAACUACUACAUAGUUUAGAUACUUUUCCAAAAAGAAAAAUUCAUGUACAAGAACAAGAUACUAUUGUACAUGUAAAAUUUCAAAAGCGGUGUGUAUUAAAUGCUUUAGCAAACAUCUUUUAG